AUGGCUCGAAUCAAAAUGACUGUAAAGCGCAAAAAAUCUUGCCAAGAACCAGAGAAAAACCAAGACGUCUACUCAAGCACUGAGUCAGAUUAUAAUGAAGAAAACCAAUCUGAAGAAACUUCCAUGAACACCAUUUCUUCAUCUCAACCAUCCAAAAGCUCUUCUCCUUCUAUUACUCCAAAAAUCGUCAAAAAAUCCUCCUCCUCAACUCCUUCCAGGCGCUCCUCCAGAAUCAUUUCUGGAGCCGUUUCAACCAAUAAGGCACCUCCUCAGGACAAUACGAUUCAUGUCAUCAACUCUGAUGAUUCAGAGACCACUCCUCCUGUUGAACCAGCACAACAACCUCCUCCUGCAAAAUCAAAUUCUGAAACUUCAACUCCCAAAAAGGCCAAACCGUCUUCACCAAAACCCCCUUCAUCAUCCACAAAAAUUUCUGAAAAUGCUUCACUGUUUGAUUCAACCGAAUUAGAAACUGUCUACACUUCCAAAUGGCAAAACAAGUCAGUGGUAAAUGGAAAAAUCAUUGACCUUGCUGAUAUCAAACAAGGAGGGUUCAAUGUUGAAGAAAUGUUUGAACAACUCGGUUGGACCUCAUUUUUCAAAAUAAAUGAACCAUAG